CUGGAGACUUUGUUCAGCGGCGCGAUCGCCGGGGCGGUGGCGAAAUCCGUGGUGGCGCCAGCUGAUCGAGUGAAGAUUAUUUACCAAGUGGACGCACAGAAGCAAUUUACGCUCAACGCGGCGUUGCGCACGGCGAGGCAAAUCAUACAAACCGAAGGCGUCCCAGCUUUGUGGCGCGGCAACGGCGUGCAGAUGAUUCGUGUCAUGCCGUACGCGGGCGUGAGCUUUUUGGCGUUUCCCAAGUACGACGCGUACAUGAACAAAUUUACAAAUCUUCAGCUGCCGUCGCUUCUCGGCAUUGAUCCAGUCGAAAACGAGGAUCAACUUCGAAUAUUCUCAAGAUUCUGCGCCGGCGCCGCCGCCGGUGCGACGGCGACCACGAUGACGUACCCAUUAGACAUGUUGCGCGCACGAUUCGCCGCUACUGGACCGGCGGCUAAGGGGCCACUUGCGGACCUUGCCUCGCUCGUACGUUCGCGCGGCGUGCUGAGCCUGUACAGCGGCUUAUCGCCUACGCUCAUCGGCAUUAUCCCGUACGGCGGGAUAUCGUUUGCCACGUUUGAGACGUUGAAAGCGAUGCACAUUAAGCAAGCGAUCAAGCGUGCCGAAUCGAUAGGUGAAGAAAUAUCGAGUACGGCCACACUACCGGUUUCUGUACGUCUGUUUUACGGCGGCACAGCGGGGUUGCUCGCGCAAAGCAUCACGUACCCGCUCGACGUCGUACGACGUCGAGUGCAAGUGCUCGGAAAAACUGGCAUGAGUACGAGAGAGGCGAUCAUCAAUAUCGCACGAACGGAAGGUGUGCGCGGGCUGUAUAAAGGCCUCACGAUGAAUUGGGUGAAAGGACCAUUGAGCGUCGCGGUUUCUUUCGCGGUGAACGAC